GGCAGAAGGAAAGGGCUUGCGAAUUCAAAAUUUCUUCAGGAUCUUUCCCGCACAAAGCCACUCACCAGUCCCCACACUCCUGCUGAAACACAAGGAAAGAAAAGAUGUAUUUCAAUUUCUGAACCCUAAUUCCGAAAUUUUCCCCAAAUUUCCCCACUCUCUCCUCCGGAAAAAUGGCCUCCAAACUCCCCGACGAACCCCCCUGCAACACGCAGGAGACGGACGAAGAAACCAUCGCCUUCAGGAAGAAACGGUCGCGGCGCGUGAGCUUUGCCGACCGCGAGAUCACCUCGGUCCAUAUCUUCAAACGCGACGACGACUGCGAGACCCCGCCGGAUUCCACUCCCAGGCCAGCUUCUGACCGGGAUAAGGCAGUGCUUGGUCUCUUUAGAGAUUUGGUGGAUAGUGAUGAUUCAAACGGUGGUGAUGACGAUGAGGAUGAAGAUAACGACGUCUUGAGCGCGAGAAAGUCGUUCUUGAGGCCGAUGGAGUCGCCGUCUCCCGGUGGAAGUAGCACAGUGGGGUCUGCUACUUCUAAUGAUGAAGACAACUUUUUUGGACCUGUGUCUGCAAACUUUAUCCGACCUGGAAGGUUGUCUGAUUCUGCUGCUUCAGAUGAUAACCAUGAUAUCACAAUGGAUUCAACAGCAUUUUCAAUGCAUUUUCGUAGCAUUGUGCGAUCAGAGUCAGGAGAUCUCACUACCUCAACAGGAGUUAGUCUUGCAUCUGAAGAGAAGACGCCUUGCCAAGUUACCAUGUCUUCUGAUCCGGAAAAUUUAAUGGUGUUAACAGAGGUGAAGAAGCUAAAGUCUCCAUCACCUGUGCCUAUUAAUAAGUAUAGUGGUGGUAGAGAUUCUAACGACAUGAGUCUUGUUGGAGAAAGCCUGCAUAGGUAUGAUUACGGCAGACUCUCUCCCACAUUAGAAGCACUUUUGGCAGAAGGCAGUAAGGAGCUUAAUGCCAUCCCUGCUUCUGAUUCUACCAGUCCAAAGUUAUCAAGGAUUGAAUUGGCCAUUUCUCAUGACAAUGGGAAUGACUGUGUGGAGCCCUUACAUUACGGGAAUUCAGAGCCUUUCAUCAUUAAUAAUAAUGAUAUGUCUAGUAAUGGUGUUUCCACUGCUCAAAACAAACUGGUUGAGGCAACAUGUGAUUUGACAACCGUUGUUAUUGAUCAAAUAGUGCAUGACUGCUCGUCAAACCCAAAAGAUGGUCCAGUUGCUGAAGAUUUUUUCGAUUGGCAAAUCCAUACUCCUAAUCAUCUGAACAAAGGGAACAAGGAUAUUACUGAAGUUAUGUCUGGAACAAGUGUGCUGAAUUCUGAGUUGCUUGCUGUUACUACUGGUACCCCACAAAACCAGAGUAGUGAAGCUGUUCAGGUAGAUUUGUUCAAACAGUUUGAAUAUGGAAACCAGCCUCCAACUAAAGAUGGGGUGAAAGCAAAUUCUGCUCAGGAUGAAAUACAUACUUCGAAUGUUGGUCAUGCUUCUAAUCAACUGCAUGGGUCUCCAUUAGCUGGGUCCAUAUACUCGAUAUCUGCUAAAAGACAGCAAAUACUUCUGGAUACCACAAAUUCACCGAGAUGUGCACUAUUUGUUACUCCUUCCCCAAAACACCCGGGUUCUAUUUUGUCUAAGGGAAGCAUAAAACAAGGUGGGAGUGUGCCAUCCAUUUUGAAAAGUAAUUCCAAGUUAAAAAUUCUGGAGCCUUCUCCCUGUGCUUCUGCUUUCAAUGAUGGAAUGGUAAAGUCAAAACUCAGAUUAUCAAAGUCUCUUUCUUCUAGAGCGUCUCCGUUCAAUACCAUUAUGGAGGAACUGAGUGAGAGUUUUCAGUGCCAACAGGCAAAUGCCCCCAUUAUUAAUCUAGAGAAGCAGUUAUCCAGUGUUGAUCUGAAGAAGGGGAAAGUAGAUUGCAAUGGUCUUGGGACUCCAAAGAACAUCAGUAGUUUGAUUCAAGAUGGAGGGACCAAUGGACUUGGAAAAGAGAAGGAAUAUAAUGACAAAUCUACUGAAAGAAUGGUCACAUUUACUUCACCAUCUAAGUUCACUCACUCAGGAAAGAAAGUGGGGCAUCAUUCUUUGACACCAGUAGAACUUUUAGAUGGGACACUAGUAGCUUCGACAUUUGGAAUACGUGAAGAUAAGAGAGAUAUGGGUACACUUUAUAAGCUUGUUUCUCCUCUGGUGGACAGGUUAAAUCAGUUGUCAUCAGCAACAAAAUACCAAAGCCCUCUUUCUGGCAAUUUAAAGCUUCAACAUCAGGAUAACAGCACCACUAUUGUUUCUAGACGAGAAUGCAACCUAGUAGAAACAGUUCCUAUCAGUAACUAUUUAACUCCAACAGCUGAAAACAGAACACAGUCCGGCUCACCUCUUGUUAAGAUUAACAGUUUAAAAGACUUUUGUCUAGUAAAGAUGGUGGAUGAAAGAGAGAGUAAUGGACUUGAUUUGCAGAAUACUUCUAAAACCUUGAGGAACUUCCCUGAUGAUGUUGCCCUUGAAUUGCAGUCAGGAAGCCAUGAGAAGAAUAUCCAGACUGCAACUGAGCCAACCCAGUCUCGUGGACAGAUGAAGGUUUCUUCCACUUCUGCUUCCUUAGAUGCACAUGGAAGAAGUAAAAAUGAGCCGUCUCCUCGAAAGAGCCCAUCCAAGAACAAGCAAACUCAGAGUCCCACUUCAAAAGAGCCAAGUUGGAGCCCAUGUAGGAAAGAACUGCAUGGUGAUAAUAUUCAACUCUCUGUUGCAAAAGAUGUGGUAUCUCUUAACUGCAGUUCAGCUUUACAAAGGAUUGAAGACUGUCAUCAAAGAUUUGUACAGAAUUCAACUCCGGUCCAAGACAUUAAGAACUCUUCAAAAAGAAAAAGGACAAGUGAAGAAGUAGCUCUUCCAGAUGUGCAUCAUGCAGAUAAGCGUAACAGUAUCCAGCAGAGUCCUAAAUCUCAUAAAGUUGGAGAAAAUUGUGCAGAGCGUAUGUUGGAAUUUUAUGAUGGAAGUGAUAAAGGAAAUGAAAGGAUUGAAGAUGGCAAAACAUUGAAAAAUUUGACUGAUAUUUCUCUCAAACUAUCCGCAGAUACAAAUCAGCUACUGUCUCCGUCCUUUGAUAAACUAAAUAUAAAAGUGAUAAACAUGAUGGAAGAUAUAUUGAUUCAUCAGCAAAAGGUUAAUCUAUGUGCGAUGGUUUGUUCUGAAAUUCAAUCCCAGCUAUGCUCGGCAUAUGAUCAAUCCAGCAAUAUUUGGCAUAAGAGAGUUGCUGGGACAAGACCAUUGCUCUAUAGAAUAGUCUAUGAAAAGGCUAAAUUGCAGUUGAUGCAUGUUCAGCGCGAAAGAUUGCUGAAACAGGUACAGUUACUGAGAACCAGAGUUCAGGAGUCUCAAAUGUUGAAGUUAAAUUGUGUCAAACUUCCACCUGUGUCUGCUGAAAAAGACACUCAACUUGAUGAUAAUUUACGUUCAGUUAGAAUUGGAGGCAAUGUUGAGGGAUCCAGCGAUAAAGUUACCACAAUGAAGCAUGAGGCUGAAGCUCUGGAAAAGAAAAUAAAAAAUUUAACCAAAUCUUUUCACAUUUAUUGCAAGAUGAAAGGAGAACCAAGUUGUUCUGACACUGUUGAUUUGGUUAAUGAUCAUAUGAAGAAGAGAACUUGUUGCAGAUUUAUACGCCAGGAUAUGCAGUUGUGGGAGGUUGAUGAUUUGGAGAAUAGGAAUGGCCUUCACAAUCUUGUUCUCAACUACCAUGGGUUCAUCUGUCAGAGUCUCAAGUUAAAUACUGGUCCAAUUUCAAGUAUUAUUGUUGCAAACAAAUUGAAUGAUAUAAACAUCACUAAGAACUUCCCAAACAUGGAUGCUUGCUCGGCAUUUGCAUUUGUCUUUAAACAUGAAUCCACUAAGAAGCAUGUUGGGGCCAAAAGUCUAGCACAAGAAACACAAAGAACGAGUUUACUUUUGACAAAUCUGCUAGAUGUGGUUGAGGAAGUACAGAUAGCGCAGUUAGAGAUUAGAAAUCUGACACUAACAAGCUUUCAUUCUCCGUCUGCUGAGCAGCUGGAUUUGCAGCUUGCUUUCAUCGAUUUUGACAGUGGUGUAAAGGUGAUGAUGACUCUUGACGUGACAUGUUUGAACUGUGGAGUUUAUCCUUCAGAGGUCCUACCUUAUAAGUUACAGACUCCCACCGCUGGGACAGAAAACUCACAGCUUCGACCACUCUCAGCUGAAAUAAAAGCUGCAGUUGGUAACCUUAGAGCUGGACACUCGAGGAUUAUAAGGCUCUGUAGGUGUGUUUCCCAGGUGAUGCGAUCUUGGGGCAGGUGAUGAGUGUUUUUGACAUCCGUCAAGAAGACAGUAGGAACACCAAGAAGUUGUUGUUGUUGUUCUCCCUGUUGCUCGUUCGAGCAUCGUGUUCUGUUUCUUUGUAAAUAGUAGUACAAAAGUGAUGACUUGCUGACAUCUUUAGUCACUGGUAAAUGUAAGAACAAUUUUUUGUGGUUCCGUAAAUGUAUGGAGCACCUUAAAGUAGCCAGUUCACCUGAGCGCAGUGACAUGGAGGUGAAAUGCACUCUAUAAAUACUUAAAAGGCUGUAUGAAAGAAAUUGUUGGGAACAGGAGUGUAACGUUGUGGAUCAAAGGCGCAGCCUCCUGAACAGUUAGGGCAGUGUAUUUUCCCAAAUAAAGGGAGAGCCCUGCUAACGAGGUUAGCUUAUCGACCUUUGAAACGAGGUAAGCUUGUAGUGAGGAAUAAAAUCUGACUGGUUGAAGUGUCUACAUCAUUCUUUUUUGAAAUUCUAAACACUAGGGCCGCCAGAUUUAUAUGUGGCGUGGACCAUUGAAGGCCAGCGUAUGAUGUUGAAUGAAUGUGUUCCCUCGAAAAUCUCUUUUGAAUGUGAAUAUAGCUUUUGUCCAUACUUGGGAUCCAGUCGAACUUUGUUUCAGAGUAUAUACAAAACUGGGUCGCUAUUCACAGACGUGGAUUAUUAUUUGAAAGGCCACGUGCAGCAGCUAUGUUGUUUUGGCUGCCGGGUUUCAGGGACCAAAAAGUUUGAUAAACCAGAUACUC